CGCACGGCCAUUUCCGGCGGGCGGAGGCGGCGUCGCGGCGGCUGCUGCUGCCGCUGCUGUGCCGGGACACAAUGGGCGGCGGCGACGGGGCGGCGGAAGGCCGCUGAGGAGCCCCGCGGUCAUGGCCACCGCGGCCGAGCUGUUCGAGGAGCCUUUUGUGGCGGAUGAAUACAUUGAACGGCUGGCAUGGAGGACACCUGGAGGAGGUUCCAGAGGUGGAGAAGCUUUUGAUCCAAAAAGAUUAUUGGAAGAAUUUGUGAAUCACAUCCAAGAAUUACAGGUAAUGGAUGAGAGGAUUCAAAGAAAGGUGGAGAAACUAGAACAGCAGUGCCAGAAAGAAGCCAAGGAAUUUGCCAAGAAGGUACAAGAGCUGCAGAAGAGCAACCAGGUUGCCUUCCAACACUUCCAAGAACUAGAUGAGCACAUCAGCUAUGUAGCAACUAAGGUCUGUCACCUUGGCGACCAACUGGAGGGGGUAAACACGCCGCGGCAACGGGCUGUGGAGGCUCAGAAGCUGAUGAAAUACUUUAAUGAGUUUCUGGAUGGAGAGCUGAAGUCUGAUGUUUUUACAAACUCUGAAAAGAUUAAAGAGGCAGCUGAUAUUAUUCAGAAACUGCAUUUGAUUGCUCAGGAACUGCCUUUUGACAGGUUUUCUGAAGUAAAAUCAAAGAUAGCAAGUAAGUACCAUGACUUAGAGUGCCAGCUAAUUCAGGAGUUUACCAGUGCACAGCGGAGAGGUGAAAUAUCCAGAAUGAGAGAAGUAGCAGCUGUCCUGCUUCAUUUUAAGGGCUAUUCCCAUUGCGUUGAUGUGUACAUAAAACAGUGUCAAGAGGGUGCAUUCCUGAGGAAUGAUGUGUUUGAAGAUGCAGCCAUUCUCUGCCAGCGAGUGAAUAAACAAGUUGGAGAAGUCUUCAGCAAUCCAGAGACUGUGCUAGCCAAACUCAUCCAAAACAUCUUUGAAGUUAAACUUCAGAGUUAUGUAAAGGACCAGCUGGAAGAACACAGGAAAUCGGAUGCAGAGCAGUAUCUUAAGAAUCUUUAUGAUCUAUAUACAAGAACUACUAAUCUUUCAAGCAAAUUGAUGGAAUUUAACUUGGGUACUGAUAAGCAGACUUUCUUGUCUAAGCUUAUCAAAUCCAUUUUCAUUUCCUACUUGGAGAAUUACAUUGAGGUGGAAAUUGGUUAUUUGAAAAGUAGGAGCGCUAUGAUUCUGCAACGUUAUUAUGAUUCCAAAAACCACCAGAAGAGGUCUAUUGGCACUGGAGGGAUCCAGAUCCACAAAAGGACUGAAGCAAAAUUAAGUAUUCAGGACCUCAAGGAAAGGAUAAGGCAACGUACUAACUUGCCAUUGGGGCCAAGCAUUGACACCCAUGGAGAAACUUUCCUCUCACAAGAAGUGGUGGUGAACCUUUUGCAGGAAACCAAGCAAGCUUUUGAGAGAUGUCACAGACUCUCUGAUCCAUCUGACUUACCGAAGAACGCUUUCAGAAUUUUUUCUAUGCUUGUAGAGUUCUUAUGCACUGAACACAUUGAUUAUGCAUUAGAAACAGGCCUUGCUGGCAUUCCCUCUUCUGAUUCAAAGAACGCGAAUCUUUAUUUCUUGGAUGUUGUCCACCAGGCCAAUACUAUUUUCCAUUUGUUUGACAAACAGUUCAAUGAUCAUCUGAUGCCAUUAAUCAGUUCGUCUCCUAAGUUAUCCGAAUGCCUUCAGAAGAAAAAGGAUAUCAUAGAACAGAUGGAAGUGAAGCUGGAUAUGGGCAUUGAUCGGACUUUGAAUUGUAUGAUUGGACAGAUGAAGCACAUCUUGGCUGCAGAGCAGAAAAAGACAGAUUUCAAACCAGAAGAUGAGAACAACGUUUUGAUUCAAUAUACUAAUGCUUGUGUUAAAGUCUGCAGCUACGUUAGAAAGCAGGUGGAAAAGAUUAGGAAAUCUAUGGAUGGCAAGAACGUGGACACGGUUUUGAUGGAGCUUGGAGUUCGUUUCCAUCGACUCAUCUACGAACACCUGCAGCAAUACUCCUACAGCUGCAUGGGUGGCAUGUUGGCUAUUUGUGAUGUGGCUGAAUAUAGAAAGUGUGCCAAAGACUUCAAGAUUGCUCUGGUGUUGCAGCUCUUUGAUACUUUGCAUGCACUUUGCAAUCUUCUGGUUGUAGCCCCGGAUAACUUAAAGCAAGUUUGCUCAGGUGAACAACUUGCUAAUCUGGACAAGAACAUCCUUCACUCCUUUGUUCAGCUGCGUGUUGAUUAUAGGUCUGCACGUCUUGCUCGUCACUUCAGCUGAGAGCACAGGAGGAAAUGUACCUAUGGGCAGGCCUCAGAAAGCACAGGGAAUGUUUUCUUACCAAACCACAGCUGUAACUUUUGUGGAAUAAUGACUGUUCAGAAUAAAACAGCCAUAUUUAGACGUGACAAUGUAGAAUGCUAGCAAGUGAAAAUCUGAAUGAUACGUAAGCUAAAGUUCUCCCAGUGAUGAAUUUUAGCACAACUACUUGCUACUGAUUUAUUUUUUUUCAAUUGGGUGUGUUGGUGUGGGAAAGCACGUGGUCCAUGGGAAGUAUCUUAGUCUUCAGUAUUGAAUCAUCAGAUACCAUUUGUUAGAGUUUGAACUACAGAGCAUAGCGUAGGUAAUGGAUUACAUAGAAUAGACC